CUCUCAUCUGUCAUAAAGCGUUGAGUCUGCAGAGAAGGCACAAGAAGGAGCUGUGUCUGGUUGCCUUAUCUGCCACAGCAGUGCAGGUCCAAACCUUAAUAUUUAAAGGACAAAAAGGGGGUUGUUUUUUUUCUACUCAGCUACAAGGACUGCCAGGCAAGGAGCUGAAAGGAAUUAAAUAUCCACUAAACCUGAGUUGUGUCUUCUGUUUCUCUUCCUCCUUCCUGUCCUUUGUUUUCGACCAGCAGAAUUUCUGACAUCGUCGGCAGAGCAGUUCAUCAUCACAGCAAGAGCUUCGGAAAACAUCGUGGGAGUAACUUACAAAAACAAGCUGAGCUCUUUAGUGCAGCGUGCUAGGACUAGUCCUCUGGGGAUCUGCAGCGUGUGAGUGCGUGCGUGUCCCUGCGGGAUAGGGCCCCCACCAUAUUGUGUGUGCGUGCGUGAGGAGUCUAAUGCCCGCGGUAGUGUGGUCAGGGCCAGAGGAGGAUGAGUCCGGCUGUGGAGGCUCAGGCCCAGGAGGCCAUGGAUGCAGAGCAAAAGCAAAAGCAGCAGCAGAACAAGCUGCAGCACCAGCAGUGCUACAUGGAGAAAGGGGUGAUGCUUGAGCCCUUUGUGCACCAGGUGGGGGGACAUUCCUGCGUACUACGCUUUGGGGAGCAGACCAUCUGCAAGCCCCUCAUUCCCCGUGAACAUCAGUUCUACAAGAGUCUGCCUGCUGCAAUGAGGAAGUUUACCCCCCAGUACAGAGGUGUGGUGUCAGUAAGCUUCGAGGAAGAUGAAGAAGGGAAUCUUUGCUUAAUCGCUUAUCCCCUCAAUAGUGACCCAGCAACAGAUCUAGAGAACAAUGAGCACUCGGUAGACUGUGACUCGAAGAGUAAGAUGAUGAAGUGGGGAAAAAUGAUGGCAUCCUCGCUGCUAGUGGACAGCAAAGAUGGCCGAAGCCGCAACUCUCGCAAAGACAAGGACAAAAGUUCAUUCAGUGUUCAAAAGCUGCAGGAGGACAUGGAGUUGGAGUGGCUGAAGCAGGCCGAGGUGCUAUACUACAGACUGGAGCACAGCCACAGUAACGCUGCCCCACAGCUCAAACACAACCCCUGGAGCCUCAAGUGUCACCAGCAGCAUCUGCAGAGGAUGAAGGAGAAUGCUAAGCACCGCAACCAGUACAAAUUCAUCCUGCUUGAAAACCUGACCUGGCGGCACACCGUUCCCUGUGUGUUGGACCUAAAGAUGGGCACGCGACAGCAUGGAGACGACGCUUCAGAGGAGAAGAAGGCCAUGCAGAUCCGCAAGUGCCAGCAGAGCACAUCAGCAUCAAUAGGAGUCCGUCUCUGUGGCAUGCAGGUGUACCAGAGUGACACAGAUCAGCUGAUAUUUAUGAACAAGUACCAUGGCCGCAAACUGACCCUCGCUGGCUUCAAGGAGGCUCUGUUCCAGUUCUUCUACAGCGGUCGGCGUCUGCGACAUGAACUGCUUUCCCCGGUGCUCAGCAGGCUCAGAGAAAUGCAAGCCGCACUGGAGGCCUGUGAAUCCUACCGUUUUUACUCCAGUUCCCUACUCAUCAUCUAUGAUGGAGCACCACACAGAAAACACACACGCCGACGCACUGAGGACGGGCUCUCUGAAGAAGAAGAAGAAGAAGAGGAGGAGGAUGAGGAUGAGGACGAGGACGAGGAGGUGGAAGUGGAAGUGGAAGUGGAAGUCGAGCCAGAAAUGGAUGAUGAUGAUGAUGAGGAGGUGGGAGAAGUUGCAGGUGCACUUGGAUUUCCACACAGUCCCUCCACAUCUAGUGAUGGCAGCAGCAGUUGCUCCAGCAGUAGCAGCAGCAGCAGUAGCGGGAGCUCAGGUAUCAGCCAGGCUCACCUGUCCUGCUCAGACACCCGCAGCUCCGUGGUGGAUGUGAGAAUGAUAGACUUUGCCCACACCACCUGCAGACAUUACCGGGAAGACAGCGUGGUCCAUGAGGGCCAGGACAGCGGCUACAUCUUUGGUCUCCAGAACCUGAUCACCAUCGUCUCUGAGCUGGAGAACCACAGCACAGACUAAAUACUGACCCGACACAUACACGCGUGCAAACACAGACGCACAAUAACGCACUGUCUGACCCUUGGAAGAACAGAGGAGGAGCGGACUACAUUAAGCAGAGGAAGGUUUCUUCUCUCGUCUUUAAAAUUGGACCUCGUUGUAGCUGCUCUUUUAUUGGACCCCCCCUUCCUGUUUCUGCCAUUGGUGCUUUUCAUUGUUGCCGUCGUGCAUGUCCAUCCUCAGGAUGUGAAACAGACCUGCAAGUAACAUAAAAGCCAUCCGUGUGAAUGAUGCAGUGAUUUACCUGUUGUCAUCGUUCAGUUUAACCCGCGUAACAGUUAAGAAAAGGGUAGGCAGCAAAAAAAAGCAGUUUGAAGUUUGAGACAGUAGAAAUGUUUCCUUGUGUAUGAUUUCCAAAGAAGGUGUUGUCAUUUUGCACACAGACACAUGCACUUCUGCUGAGUGUGUGUUUUAGAUUGAGGGCUAUCAAAGAGAGCAGUAGUGUGAGAACAGUCUAUGGGAAGAGAGACAACGAGUGCACACCCUCCAUUCUUCUCUUUUACCCUGUUCAUCUACGCUCAGAGACGAUAUUCAUAUAGGUGUCAGAGAGAGAUGACAUAGAGCUAUUUAUUUAUAUGACAUAUGUUUCAUAAAAUAAACUAAAAGUUCAAAAAAUGUGAAUGGAAGGUAGUACAUUCCAUGUUAUUAAUGUUACAAUAAUGAUAUUAAUAAAUAUUGUUAUUUGACAUGUUUGGAUACCUCUAUCUUAUAUAUCUGUGUUGUCCACAGUUUGUUGAAAGAAAAAUUAAAAACACUGGUUUGUGGUAA